UUAAAAUUGAAAAACUCUUCAAUUCCAUUACACCUAAUUAAAGAAAACAAAAAACAAUAAUUAUAAAUAAAAAUUGGGAUUACAUUAGGACAAGAGCAAAGACACUCGGAAGUUCGAAGGGAGCAAGAAAAGGACAUGGACCCCAUGAUAAUAUUUGUGCAGACAUAAAACCAACCCCAUCAAAACCCAAACAUAAACACGAACACAGUUUAAUCGAAAUAUCCGCCCUAAAAAUAGGGCUUCAUCACUAGCAACAUCAACAAAAACGCCAUGUUCUUUUCUUAAAAGCUUCAUUUCUCUCCUUUUCACGCUUUCACUUACUUUCACUCUCUCUCCUCUUUCUCUUUCUCUCUCCUACUACAUUAUUACUAUUAUUUUGAACUGACCCAGAAUUCAAGCAAACCUUUUAUUUAAUUGGAAUUAUGUUGAAUAAUUGAUUAUUGAUUAUUCUUGAUAGAUCUGAGGUGGGUAUUGAUUUGAUUUUGAUUUCAAAAUGUGGGGUGUUGUUUUCUGCGAUUAGGGUUUUUUUUAUAUGAUGUUGUUGUGAUUGGUGGAUUUGGGGGUGGUGGGGAGGAGGAAGAUGGGAUCCGGGAGUAGUAAAACGCGUCGUAGUGAGGGUAGUGUUGCGUCUUUUGCUUCUUCUACGUCGUCGUUUUCAUCAGCGGUAGUUGGUGGUAGAAGAAGGGGUAAGAAUCGAGGAGUUUUUAGUUCUCCUUGUCUUGGAUCGUCGUCGAGAGCUUAUGAAAGUGAUGAUGAUGAUAAUGAUAAUGAUAAUGAUAAUGAUGAUGAUCAGGUUAUAGAGCAUAAUGGUGAAGCUAAUCGGACAAGAUUGCCGCGACUUGGACCAGAUUCUGAUGAAGUGAAAGUUCAGUGCUACCAAACAUCUAAAGUUGACGGGCCUGAUAACAUGUCCUGUGUAUCUUCUAAUAUUGAGCUUGGUGAAUGGGAUCAUGCGAUUGGAGCAGGCAGCAGGGCUGAUGGAAGUUCAUCUCAAGCUUUCUCUGGCCAAUCUUUGAAUCAUUCGAGCCGAUUUUUAUCUCGCUUCAGCUUUGUUCCCGGUAGUGUUAGUUUUCGACUCAGCAGAGCUGCCAGUGUAGGCUCAUCAAGAGCUGAUCCUUCUUCCCCCACAAGCUUCGCCAUUUCAAGUGGUGAAGAAGACCUUCAUCUGCAAGGAGGUUUUCCCCGCCGCUUAAUUAACAGUAAUGUGAAUCAACAUAAUAGCAAUCUGAAUUCUCUGUUCACCAGUACCUCGGUCGGAUCUCAUGGUGAUGCUUCUAUAAAUCUAGUUCGGCACCCUGAAAAUUCUAUUUUGUCUGGCCCUUUGCAAGAUAAUGAGGUCAUUUCUGCACAAGAUCUGGUGGAUGAUGAUAGUGAGAGAAGUAGGCCAGAUGACCAUUUACCUUCUCUUGAAAGUCAUAUGGAUGUGGAGGGUUUGAACAGGAGAAUAGGGGAUCGUCGAAACGGUGCUCGAGAACCAGCAGACCGCAAUGUUCGAUUUAGUAGAACUUUAAGUGUGGGAAGGCUCCGUGAUAGAGUUCUACGAAGAUCAUCAUUUUCAGACUUGACUCUUUCUCCUUUGCCACAGGAGAGAGGUACUGCUUCUGAUGGAAAUCCUGUUAACUCUCUGGUGUCUUCUCCAUAUCCGUUGCCCAACAUGCCUAACUCCUAUUUUGUGAGCCAAAAUCAUGAUGUUGAGACAUCAAACCUUAGUGAAGGCAGGCAUCAUGAUUCACUGGAGCAUAGAUCUAAUUUCUUGGAGCGAAGAAGAAGAAUUAGGUCUCAGGUACGGGCUCUUCAGCGUUUGGGUAGUCGUUUUGAGAAUCUAUCAGGGCAUGAAAGGUAUUGUAUUCUGUCAGGGCAGCAUCGUACUGGUCGUUGUUCUUGUCGCAUCAGUACCAGAGAUUCUAAUUCAAAUAAUGAUGGUGCUCGAGCUAGUAUAUCGAGAAUUGUUAUGCUAGCCGAGGCUCUGUUUGAGGUUCUGGAUGAAAUUCACCAGCAAUCAGUGGUGUUAUCCUCCCGACCUUCUGUAUCUUCGAUUGGAUCAGUUCCAGCACCAAACGAAGUUGUAGAAUCCUUACCUGUAAAAGCAUACAUUAAGUCAACAAAAACUCAGAGCGAGGAGGUUGCACAAUGUUACAUAUGCCUUUUGGAGUACGAGGAAGGCGAUGACAUGCGUAUAUUGCCCUGUCAUCAUGAGUUUCAUAAGAAGUGUGUUGACAAGUGGCUGAAGGAAAUUCAUAGGGUAUGUCCGCUUUGUCGUGGAGACAUUUGCAAAUCUGAUUCGACACAGUAGCUGUUGGGAGUGGAGGCGGCUGUUAGCAUUGUGUUUACUAGGAGAGUGUACAAAAAUAUAAAUUGUUUGGUGAAGCCUGUGAUGCUCUCAGGAGAUUUGUGAUUUUCCUGCUUAGGCUUUUGUUCCCUUGACCUUCUGAUGCUGGUCACUCGAAUGAGGAUUCGAUCGUCAAGUUGUUGUAAAAGUAUGAAGUGGUUGAUAUCUAAUUUCUGCCCAUAAAGCUCAGCAAGAGAAUACAACAGUGGAAAAGAUAGUUUGGCAUGACAUUGUGAUAGGAGAUCAAUGGCGCACCAUUUCCUGAAUUUUCUCAACUGUCAUGAGUGUACGUGGGUGUUGUAUGUUACGUAUAGCUCGAGUCUAUUUGCUUUGUUUCGGUUGGAUAGCCUUGUGAAUAUUGUGCAAUCAGGAGCUGAUUCAACCUGUAUCCAUUAACUGUUAAAUGUAAUAUCCCAUUUCAGUUAUUUAAGUCAUUCUUUUCGUUGCGUGAUUAUCUUUCAAGCAGUAUAGAAUUAAUCAGACUAAUUUUAAUGGUGACAUACUUUAUUAAGUUCA